AGGAACAGCAUAUGAUGCAUCACCUUUGAGUACAGAGAUGUGCUCUUGAUAACUCUGCCGGGCUUCUGGACUCCAUCGACUGGUGCCAUCAAACAUGCUCAUAAUGUCAUCAAUUUGUUUAAUUUUCAUUGGGUUGGUUUUGACCUCAGUUGCUGCAAUGAAAACAGCCCCGGGUAUCGACUUUUCAACUGUCAACGAUACUAUAACUGGUUACUCUGAUAUCACCACUGAAACACCCCUCCCUACUACCAACAGCAUUGGAAACAUCUCUGAAAUCCAAACUACCAGCGAAAGCAUGACUGAAUCUGCUAAGAACAGAAGUAACAUCCCAACCCAACCAGAAAACAGCAACGGGACUAACAAGAGCAAUUCUCAAAGUAUCAGCCCUACAACUACUGUAUUCAUAGCGCCUUCAACUACGCCUACUCCCUACGCAGAAAAAACAGAAACUUCUACAAAGACGAAUCCAUCCACUACCCCAAAGAGUAAAGGUUCCUCUGCAGGCAGUAAUGCAGGCAUCAUCCUUCUGGUCAUAAUCCUGAUUCUACUCCUGGGAGUUGCAUUUGCUUGUUUCGUGGCACGGAGAAGAGGAAGGGUCUACUCAAUGAAUGUUCCCCCCCAACCUGAUGAAAACAUCCCUCUCAGCACCGUAGAGCCUGAACUUAUUGUUGAGGCUGCGCCCCAAAACGGUCUCAAAACCUUUGAAAGCACAGAAACACAGGCUGCAAAGGAGCCACAAGAACCAGAAGUUGCAACUGAAACACAUGCAGAGAAGAAAGAAGAGGCUGCCCUAUCUGCUGCUGCACCCAGCUCUGAGCCUGCGGCUCCACCUGAAGCUCCAGCUGCAGCUGUUCCAGACAAUACUCCUGAAGCUCCGCCUCCGGACAGCUCAGAAGAAAAACCGAAGGUGGAUGAUGCAAAGCAAAGCCCCCCUGCUCCUGUGGACCCCUCUGCAGAUGAGAAAACUGAUGAUGAAGGUGUAGCCUCCAACAAGACUUCUGUGGAGUCACUGAAGGAGACGAACGAGAACAACAGCAACAGCCGCAACUUCAGCUUUAGUCAGAGAAGAGAUGGGCAGGGGAGCUGCAUACCGUGGGAGAACCAAGUCGACUGCCCUGUGUGAGAGACGGCGGCCGGCAUUUAGUCCUGCUGUCCCCUGGAGACAAGGACCCAGAGGAAGACCAGAGGUACUGCAGGAAAAUCUUCAACUCAUAUACUGUAGAAAGAUCCAAAUCAUCCAGGACUCCGAGUUUGAUUAAUAGUGUUUUUUUGUUUUAGUUAAAGUCAGCUUUUAUAAUUGUGUUUUGAAUCUAAAGUCCUGAUUCACCAAAAAUAAACUGCAGUCAGUUUUAGCUCCAGACAUUGCUCAUAAUUUGUUGCAGCUACCAGGGUUGCCUCAUUAAAAAAUGUCCCUCCCCAAAUGCAUAAAGAAUGCAUGGUCAUGAAAAUGAAUAUAAAUUAAAGAAAUAAAGAAUAAAGAAUAUGGUUUGGUUGGUCCUCCAUUUAACCAGCAACCUUUCCAUGAACUGAAUGUAGGUCUUCAACAAUUGGGUCCUUCAGGUUCUGCUUUGUCCCUGAAUCCAGGUGAUCUGUCACUAAGUAGACUCUGCAGAACCUCCCCAUGUCUUUGGAAAGUAAUUCAACCAUUUGUAGAAGCAGUGAUGUUGCAGGGGCACACCUAAAGCUUGCAGGACACUUUCUCUAGGUUUAUUCAUAAGACAAUCUGUACUGAGAAUCAGACUUAGUUCAUUGAUAUGACUUAUCGUUGCAUAUUAUCUCAUUAUCUACUUAGUUUUAUCUGUAGUGGUUAUGUUUGAUUUAGGUCUCGAACUGGUUCUUAGCCAUUAAGCCUUUUGUAUUUUUAGGAAUCCUGCAAAUGUUUAUUUACUCAUGUUCAUAAACUGCAUUCAUAGGUUUGAUUGUGUGCUGCUGUACAUGUGCCAAAGCCAUUUAGUUUCUUUCUAGAAAUUCUAAGAAAUAAGAUUUGGAGUUUAAAAAUACUGAUGUGUAAAAAGUGUUUUUUUCUUUUUGCUAUUGUUGGUGUCUGUUCAAAAUAAUAUACUGUAUUUUCAUUUAUUUUGAAUGUAAUUAAUAAAUAUCUGUUGUAAUUG